AUGUCUACUGCACACCAAUCCAACCCGCCCGGCGAGGCCAAGCCGGAGGGUCUAUCCAAGUAUAUCAAGCGUAUGAGAACGGUUUUCCGGAGAAGUUCGACCGCGAAAUCCGGAUCUGGUUCUCCGUCGAACGUGGAGGGAAAGGCCGAAUCUGGAGAGGCCAAACAAGUUGCGGGACCUACCGCAACCCCCAAGCCCACCGUGACUACUCCGGCCCCAAAGCCCACCCCGGCCGCAACGCCCCCCGCCGACCAACCCAUCGUCGUCUCCCACUGGAGCGCCAUCCAGGAAGCGCGCACCCGCGCCCUCUUCGCCAAGCACGGCCUCUCCCUGAACGACGACGACUUGAAACCCACCGACACUGUCCAGCGCGUCGCGAAACCCAUCCGCAUGCGCGUGCGCCGGAGCUGCCACCGCUGCCAGACUCCCUUCGGAUCCGACAGAGUCUGCGUCAAUUGCCAGCACACCCGGUGCAAGAGUUGUCCGCGCCACCCGCCCCCGAGGACUAAGGAGAACCCGGAGACCGCGUUCCGGAAACUCAUGGCGCAGAAGGGCAAGGGUGUUGUCUCCGGUAAAGCGCCGCUGCAGCACCAGAGCCAGCUUGGGAACCCGUCCCGGCCGAAGCAGAUUAACGAUGGUAAUCGCAAUGAGUACGUGCUGAGGAUCCCGUCGCGCACUGGCGGCCAGGAUUUGGUGCGGAAGCCGGUGAUGCAGCGCGUGCGACGGACCUGUCAUCGCUGCGAUAAGCUGUUUGUUGCGGGAUCGAAGCAAUGCGCUGGUUGUGACCAUGUUCGGUGCAAGAAAUGUCCGAGAGAUCCGCCCAAACUAGACAAAUACCCCGACGGCUACCCCGGAGAUGUCGAACCACCUGUGGAGCUUCCCCCACGGACUUGGAAAAAACCGCGCCGCAGAGUCAGGUACACCUGUCACCAGUGUUCGACCGUCUACCGGUCUGGACAGGAUAUCUGCGCGAUUUGCGGACAGGAGAGAUGCGCGGAGACUAUACGUGAACCACCCAAACGCGUCAAACCGGAACCAGACCCGGAGAUAUUCCGAAAGGUUGAAGAACGACUGGCCAGUUUGAGGCUUGCAACUGAAUAG